AUGUCGGCAUCGGAACCCCGCCCCCGCCGCGACGAAGGAGCGCCGCCGCCUCUGUUCAAGCAAAACUCCUGGUCGCCGGACAUCAUCCGCGAAGAGACCUGGAUGAAUCGCCGGAAGAACAACCUCAGGCGCCGCGGCCGCAGCGUCACCGACGACGACCUCGACGAGCUCCGCGCCUGCUUCGAAUUGGGGUUCAACUUCGACUCGACGGAUUUGGAUCCGAAGCUGUCGUCUACCUUCCCGGCUCUCGAGUUCUACUGCGCCGUGAACCGGCGGUACUGCGACAGCUUGUCCAGAUCCUCAUCGGCCACGUUUUCCGACGCGGAUACGGCAUCGUCCUCGGUCGGGAGUCCAGAUUAUAUAAUUGAUCCAAGUGAUGACCCGGCGACUGUGAAGACGAGAUUGAAGCAAUGGGCGCAGGUUGUGGCGUGUUCGGUGCGCCAAUCUUUGCCAGACGUACUGUGUGAUUGA